AUGAAACUAAGGUCGAGAAAAAUAAAGAAAAGAUGCUUGAUCUUUUUAGUUCUUUUAUCUAAUCUUCUACUGAUUCUGUUUUUGAGGCACAUGAACAGGAUGAAUAUAACAAAUAAGGUAGAUAUGGGGCGGUUGAAGUGGUUUGGAACAAGCACAAUGGUGGUGAGUGGGCUGGAGGCAUUUCGGGACGUGCGUUUUUCUGAUGCAAUCUCGGCAGGAGAACUUAUUUCGAUAGACAUUCUGGACCAUGGAGAUGCUGUAGACUCAAUACUAAGCCGGGUGAACACAGAGGUAAGGGAGGUAUUGUUGAUUGACGCGAGAAGGCUCCGGGGACUAAACCACUCGACCUUUCCAAGGUUCGAGAGAGAGAAGUUAAACUGUAGUCUUGGGGUAGACUACAUUGAAGAACUGGCCAAAGACUUUAUCAGAAGAGUAAAUAAUGGGAGAAUCAAGUAUCCGCAGGACAACAGCGCUGCAAAGGAAUAUGUCAUAAAGCUGAAAUCAUUUGUCAAGAAGCAGACCAAAGGAGAGGACAGGAGUGAAAUGAUAAGAUUGGUAAAUAAGAUGUUUCCAACGAUUGACAUCUCCUUCUAUACAUACAUAAUGAUGGUCCUGCUCAACAUCCGGGAGAUGAUUGUGGAAGAUUUCCAUGCUAUCGAGGAGUCCUUCAAAUGCAAUAAGAUUUACUCCAUCUCCAACGAUAAAAUAAACAAGCUCGGAAGAAUGAUCAUGAGAACACGAGCUUUCAGCGACAGAAUGCCCAAAUGGGAUGUGUGUGAUGUGUGCUGCAAAGUGUUUACUGGAGAAGGUCGUGCCAGCCUGCAAAAGCUUGUAUGCAAUGAUGUUAUAUGUAGAAGAUGCUUGAAACAGUCGUUUCUGUACUUGUCCGAUGAUCUCUGUGUGAAGUGCAGAGAAAGAUACGACACCCUAUCGGAUGAUAUCUCCCAAGAUCUAUUUGAUUAG